AUGCCGUUCUCAAUCCAAGAGGGCUGCUUAAAGCAAAAGGCUGGCGCAGAUGUGAAUGUGCUGAAUGAUAUGGGGGACACUCCACUCCAUCGUGCAGCUUUCACAGGACGUAAGGAGGUGGUGAUGUUACUCUUGCAGCGUAAUGCUGAUACUUCUAUUGUUAAUGGGAGUGGAGAAACUGCAAAAGAAGUUACUCAUGAUAAAGACAUAAGGAAUAUGUUGGAAGCAGUGGAAAGGACACAAGAAAGGAAACUGGAAGAAGAACUCUUAGGAGCAGCAAGAGAGGGUGAAACAGGGAAACUGACUGCCUUGUUGAACAAGCCCAAACCACCUGAUAUCAACUGUACAGAUCAGAUGGGGAACACACCAUUGCAUUGUGCAGCGUACCGUGCCCAUAAGCACUGUGCAUUGAAACUUCUAAAAAACGGAGCAGAUCCUAAAAUAAGAAACAAAAAUGAUCAGACACCCCUUGAUCUAGCCCAAGGUGCAGAAAUGAAACUGAUACUGGGAGGUAAAACUGGAAAGGUUAUCAACAAACCCCUGAGACGAUACGAAGGUCUCCUAUGGAAGAGCUCACGAUUUUUUGGUUGGAAACUCUACUGGAUAGUUCUAGAACAUGGAGUCCUUUCCUGGUAUCGGAGACAAGCUGAUGCAGCAAAUAAUGAUCAUCGUCAGGGAUGCAAGCAUCUAACACAAGCUGUCUGCACGGUAAAAUCUACAGACAGUUGCUUCUUUUCUGUCAGAUGUUUUGAUGACACUGUUCACCGUUUCAAGAUUCCUAAAAAUAGCCUUCCUUCUCAAACUAGAGAGAGUUGGCUGGAAGCAAUAGAAGACCACUCUGCCUAUAGCACUCAUUACUGCACACAGGAACAGUUGAGUAGUGAUGAUGAGGAAGAUGAUACGGUAUCUGUUACAGACCUACAGGAUACUCUGAAAAAAGCACAAGCAUGCCAACAAAGACUCAGUAAAGAGAUUUCAGACUUUCUUGCAAUGGUUAAAUCUUUGGAUGCUACAAAAGGAAUAUCUUCUCCCCUCCUGCAAAAAGUUGAUGUGGUCUCUGAAGUAUCCCAGGAAACAUGCGAGACCCUGGCUGACUGCCUCAACUUAUUCGCAAAGCAAGAAGGG